UAAAGAUGGCUAUCAGAAAACUGGUGCAAUGCCGUGACGCCGCUGUCCCGUUGCCAUGGAGACGCGAAUACCGGAAAUGCGGAAUUCGGGGAGGGCGCACGCAAGGGCUGUGGGCCAGAGGCCGGGCGUCACAGGUCCUGACAGGGAAGAAGUUGGCAGGUCCUGACUGGGCAGAGUUGUGGCAGCGGCACCUCCGCGUCCAGCCAGCUCUGGGGAUGGAGUCGCCCGUCGCGGCCGCUGGGGCUCGGGGGACUGAAGCAGUCGCGGGCGAGGGUCCCGUGAUUGGAGGUGCCAGCCAGGGAUCGGCGGUCUCGGUGCCCAAGGGGGUCGCCCGGUGGAAGCUCCUGCGACAGGUUCUGAAGCAGAAACAGCUGGAUGACUGUCUGAAACAUGUCUCUGUGAGAAGAUUUGAAUCAUUUAAUCUGUUCUCAGUCACAGAAGCCAAAAAAAGGGGAACUGAGGAAGAGGCUGGUGUGUGGGUCCAGUACACAAGCAUCCUUUAUCCUGAAUACAGUAUCUCCUUACGGUUUAAUAGUGGAUCCUUGAAUGUUGAAGAUGUUCUUACCAGCUUUGACAAUACAGGAAAUGUCUGCAUCUGGCCAGCUGAGGAGGUUUUGGCUUACUACUGCCUCAAGCACAGAAAUAUAUUCAGGGACCUUGCUGUGUGUGAGCUCGGGGGUGGCAUGACAUGCUUGGCUGGGCUCAUGGUUGCUAUUUCUGCAGAUGUCAAAGAAGUUCUGUUAACUGAUGGGAAUGAAAAGGCCAUCAGAAAUGUGGACAGCAUCAUCACAAGCAAUCGGAAGACGGGCGUGUUUAAGGCUCAGAAAGUGUCAAGCCGCCUCUUUCUGGACCAGUACAGAGCCAGCCUUAUUGAUGCAAUAAAGAGAUUACUCCAGCCCACAGGAAAAGCAAUGGUAUUCGCCCCAUGUCGAGGGAAUACACUCAACCAGUUUUGCAGCCUAGCUGAAAAAGCUGGUUUCUCGCUCCAAAGACAUGAAAAUUAUGAUGAACACAUUUCAAACUUCCACUCCAAGUUGAAAAAAGAAAACUCAGACUUAUAUGAAGAAAACCUUCAUUACCCCCUUCUGCUGAUUUUAACCAAAAUGGCAUAGAAGACAGAGGAAAAAAAAAUCAGAUGCACGGGGAAAUGAUUUUCACAAGAAGAGAAGUCUACCACGGGUCCCCUGAGACUCAGGACCGCACCCACCUUUUCACAUUCCACAUCUCGGUUCUGUUACUCCACGCACCCUGGCACACAUCACUCUUAGGUGGCCCUCCCCAGCUCUCUCCCCUUCCCUGCCUACGGUCAGCUUGUUGCUUUUCACCCCCAACCUUUGAGUGUUUUCCUAUGUCAGCAGCCUGUCUGAGAUCUUGUGAGCAGUCUAAAUAUUUUUCUCUCUAAAGCAGAAUUUCUUUUGAUGAUUCCCAUCUCCCUCUCCCCACCCCCAUUCUUUUUUUUAUUGUCUUUGUUCUGUUUGGUAAUGGUGGUUUAUCUGUAAAUACAGAAAACAUCACCUUUCUUUUCUGGUUAAAUAAAUAAAUAAACUCCA